AUUUUACAAAUUACCACCACAUGCGACCUUCUGAUCUUGUUUUGAUCAGCUGUAAACCUGUAAAAUCUCCAAUGUCCGACGAAGAAUUCAAAAAAAUUACUUACAAACGUAAAUCAAAGCCUCAACAACCAUCUAUAACUCAACAACUUGCUGAUAUAUCACUUAACAUCGACGAUUUUGAUAAAAACAAAGCAAUAAGGCGUGUGCUUGAAGCUAAGGACGAUAUUCUCGCAUCAGAUUAUUACUCAAAUGUUCAGGCCUCGGUCCGGGAAGCACUCAGUUUACUACAACAUAAAAAUUUGGAAACACAAACAGAAAAAUCAAAACAAAUUCAAAUAAAAGAACUGAUUUGUUUUGGUAUAGGAUAUGUAUCAGAUUCUAUGAUAUCUAGAUAUCAAUUAGCGUUAAUUUUAAUACUAAAAGAGGUUUAUAAUAUUGCUAAAGUCAAAAUUUGUGAUCCAAUUCUUACUUCAAAUGAUUUUUUGGUAUUGGAACACUUUGAAAUUGAAAUAAUCAAAGAGAAUAUUGAAGCAAAGUAUAUAGCACAUGAUUACACAUUGUUUUAUCUACCACAUUGUCCAAAACAGUUGAGUAAUAAUCUUCUAUGGGCAAAUUGGUCUAAAAAUUCACUUGAAAACUGUAUUAUCAUCUCAAACAGUUUUCAAAGUUUAAUAGAAAACAAUACAAAACAAAAUUUAAUAGAUAACGCCCAAUUUGUGUAUAAAAUCAGUCCGUUUGUUCAAGAAAUCGCCAUUUUUAACACGUUUAAAUAUUAUGAGAUAUUCAAUGAUGCAGCUAUGCAUGUUUUUCCUAAUUUGAGUUUAAUCGCUGAAGAUUUUUGGUUUGAUGUAAAAGAACCUAAAUAUCUAAGUGAUAUAGAGUAUAUUGAAGCAUAAAGUGUUGAAUAAACACUUUGACA